AGGAAGCAGCAGUGUUGUAGUGCUGAUCUCAAGCAGUUAGGCUUGUUAUCUUGAAGUUCAUCAGAAGAAGAUGGAGGAGUUUGGAUUAAGGAGAGGAAAGAGGAAGAGAGAAGACGAGGAGGAGAUUUUCCAACAAACAGAUGAUCUUCCCAAAUCUGAUUUCUUCGAAAGAAAGAGAAAGAAGCCCAAAGUAGAACAACAGCCCAGGAAACAGAGGCGCAUUCAGAGGAGAAGUCCCAGACUGCGAAAAGCCAACAAGCCAGAUACCUUCGAAUCUCUCUACACUGUUGGAGAGAAACUCGGCGAAGGAGGGUUUGGAUCGGUCUUUGCAGGAACGCGUGUUUCCGAUGGCCUACAGGUGGCCAUAAAAUUUGUCCGGAAACGGGAGGAUGAACGAUACAUCCAAAACCCUGAAGAUUCCAGGUCCAUUCCUGUAGAAGUGGCCGUGAUGCAGAAGAUGAGCGAAACACCUGUUGAUAGUGUCAUACGACUCAUCCAGUGGUUUGAUGAGCCUAAGCGCUAUAUUUUGAUUCUAGAGCGCCCUUAUCCUUGCAAAGGCCUGGAUACCUUAAUUGACAUAUAUGGAGGCUCUCUUAGUGAAGAAAUGGCCAGAAUAUUUAUGUUGCAGGUAGUGCAGGCAGUGUUUGAGUGCCAAAAGCGAGGUGUCAUCCACAGAGACAUCAAAUUGGAGAACAUAUUGAUCAACAUGGAGACCUCAGAGAUCAAACUGAUCGAUUUUGGCUGUGGUGAUUUAAUCAAAAGAUUUGGAUACAAUUAUUUUGAAGAUGAGAGUGAGAUGGAGUCUUGGUUCUGCAGCAAACUACAAAAUUCAAACACUACCUUAAAAAAUAUGAUCCUAAGAAUACCCUAGUGUCCCAUCGUCACUUAAACAGUAUAAAUGAAGUUCUGUGCGCAGCUCAGUUUUUCUUUCUCUUUUAUUUUCUCAGGCACCUUUCAAUACUGCCCACCUGAGUUCUUCAUAACAGGGAGGUACUGCGCCACUCCUGCAACAGUGUGGUCUUUGGGAGUGCUACUGUACGAAAUGGUCUGUGGAUCUGUACCAUUUAAAGAUGAAAGUGAAAUCAUUGGCGGUCCUCUGCGCUUUAAAGACGACCUGUCAGAUGAGUUCUGCGAUCUAGUUAGAUGGUGUCUGCAGCGCGAACUAAUUUCGAGGCCAAGUUUACAGCAGAUCUUAAAGCACAAGUGGUUUAUGCCCAGCUUCCCAGCCCAGAUCGCGGAGAAAAUCACCAAAAGAUCAUCAGCACAAAGAGCAGAGAUAGUUUAAAGUAUAUUGAGCUUAGUUUAAAAUUGAAAGGCAAUCACUACAGUGGAAAAACUGUGAAAUGCUGUGCACACAUGACAUUAAUUCUCCAUAGGAACAUGCACAAAAUAUGUUCCAAAAUAAAAAGCAAAACCAUUUUUUUUACGUCGCUGUACACUAAAAUAUUAUACACAAAGAUUUGUAUUUACAUUUGCUCUUGUUUUAUACAGGCAAAUGGAUAGAACUUAAACAUUACUGUAGUAGUUCCAGUUCGCAGUUAGAGCUGAGCUCCGGUAGAGGUUUUGGUUUUGUAACUAAAAAACAUGAACUGCAGAUUUACUGUUGAAAUAAAUUAAAUUAAAGAGUUCAUGUUUUAUACAGCCAUUGGUUUAAACAUGAUGUUAGAGGUUUUGUUUUUUAUUUUGGUUCAUAUUCUGCAUGAUAGUAGUUGAGGUAUCCGGUGUCGGCCAGAGGAGGAUGGUUUCUUCUUUUGAGUCCUGGAUCCUCUCAAGGUUUCUUCCUGCUGAUCUGAGGGAGUUUUUCCUUGCCGCUGUCGCCUUUGGCUUGCUCAAAAGAGGCUCGGACCCGGAUAUCUGUGACGCUGCUUCACAGCAUUCUUUAAAACUAAAUGUAACUGAUACUAUGAAAAAUAAAUGUCAUGUGUGCAUUGCUUUGUUAAAAUGGUUGGAUUUAAAACUCAAGGAUUCUGCAGCAGAGAGCAGGAGUGGAAGAUCACUCAUAGGUGGAGCACAAGGUUAUGAAAUCUGUAGAGAAGUGGGUUAAACAGAGAGGAAGAAAAAAGAGUCCAGACCUAAUAACAGAGAGCAGACAGAGAUAGAUAAACCCGUUGAGCAGUACAGAUCACUGAGAUUGUAGUGGAAAUAAGGGAAUAAUGAGGUAAAAUGGUGUUAAGAUUUUAUCAGAGGUAGAGAUUAAGGAAUUUGAGGAAAGCAUAAAGCUAGAGACAUAAAGUGGCAAAUGGAUUUUAGCUCCCCCUAGUUUAAGUGUGGUACAAGACGUGGAGCGGUGUGCAAAAGCAGGCUCUGUGUCAGGCUCUGGGUUUUAAUGGAAGACUGUGGUUAUAGGGUGGAAUAAAUGGUCUGUCUCCAUGUGAUAGUUAGGUCUGUGAAGUGAUCUUGGAGGGGAGUGGGUCUUACUGUUGAGGCUUCUGGAGGCAGCAUUGGCUUAAUAUAGUGAAACGCUGUUGAAGUGAGGUGCCUACCUGUUGACCCCUGGGAAGAGCUGGUGAAGUAGUGGGUGAAUCCACUACUAGUUAAUAACAUUUGUUAGGUUCCGCAUUUAUUGUACUUAUUCUGUAUUAUUUCAUGUUUUUCCACUCUAGUGAUUGUUUUUUUUAAAUUUGGCACUAAUUAUUUUAUAUGUAUUACUUACAUUAAACUUUAUUUAAAUUGCA